UAAACCGUGGUAGAUUCAGAGGCAGACAUUGGAUUGGCAUGGCUGUGUGCAGCUCAGCACUGCGAUCUACGUGCAUGAAGCUCCUGCCUGGACAUUUGGAUUCUCUCUGCACAGCAACACAGCCUUGAUAUCGUGCUGGACAGUGUAACAUUGAGCUGUGCUGUCUUUUCACAGCAUGUUGCUGGACAUUGGGAGCUCAGAGAGGGAAUAAUAAGGGGGGAUAACCUUACCACACACUUGAGCGAUGUUCUGUGGGCUUCUCUCUCUCUCGUUUCAGACCGUCAGGCUUUUCUACACAGAGACCUGGGACUAAUGGAGGGAUGCAACGAUGUUACUCCUUGCUUGUCAUGCUUGAAUCACAGCUCCAUAUAUCCUUUUGUGUCAGAGACCUUAUUGCCUUUGUCUGUCACUGCCGCCAGAUCAACUGUGGGGUAGCGUGGCGGACAGAGCCCCCUCCUCAACCCCCUUCUCCCUUGUCUGUGCCCCCGGCUUCUCAUCAGUCCCAGCUUGCUCGUGUCUAUUUACCUCUCUUAAGCUACCCUCCCCUCUCUGUUAAGCUCUGUCUUUCUUGCUCUCCCGCUCCCUACUCCUUACUAUCUCCCUCUCUUUGCCUCUUCAAAGCAGGCGGUCUGCUAUUCAAUCCAAGCAGCUUGCUACAUGAUCUCCUGGAAAAGUGUUUUUGCCGCUGCUCUGCCGCCUCCCAAUUCCUGAGCCCUUCCAGAUUUCCAUCUCCACAACAGCAGGAUGUUCCUUCACGAGGAUUGAUCCCCGUCCGCCCCCUUUCACUCUCCCCUUCCCCUCCCUUGUCCUGAUCUCCUGCCCUCUGACCCUCACCCUGUUCUCUGCCCCCACCCAUCCUCUCCUAUUUGUCCAUACCCUGAGACUCUUUCCCCCCUAACUCAUUUCACCCCCAUGACCAUGUUGCCAUGUGUCUGCUUGCUCCAACUUAUCCUCAUCUUGCUAUCCUCUGUCUUAUGGACCCGGGGGGAAAACUGCCCAGCAACCUGCCUGUGCCCAGAUCCUCACACUGUGGACUGCAGUGGCCGCGGGCUGACCCGUCUACCCGAUGAGAUCCCCUUGGAUGUGCGCAGGCUUUUGCUGGCUGACAACUGGAUACCCCGCAUCCCCUCGGACUUCCUGGUUCUGUACAGUGACUUGGUCUACCUGGACCUCCGAAACAACUCCCUAUCCCACAUAGAACCGGGGACUCUCAGCACCUCCUCCAGGCUGGUCUUCCUGGACCUGGGCAGCAACAAUUUGACUGAAAUCCCUAAGGGGACAUUUGGGGAGUCCCGGAGCCUGAUCAAACUACGCCUUGGCAACAACCCAUAUCUGAGCAUGGUGAAUGAGGAUGCUUUCCUGGGCCUCACCUCUCUAAGAGAACUGGAACUGGAGCGUAACGCCCUGUCCACCCUAAAGGUGGGGGCACUGAGUCAGUUGCCCUCCUUGCGGGUGGUGAGGCUAGAGGGCAACCCCUGGGUGUGCAACUGCAACUUUGCCAACCUGUUCUCAUGGCUGAUGGAGAACAGUCACAAGCUUCCAAACGGAGUGGAAGGCAUGGAGUGCUCCCUCCCCAUGGAUGGCAGACGCGUGUCCCUGACCCAGCUCUCGAAGGACAGCUUCCGUGAGUGCCAGGCCACCCUGACUCUAACAGACCUGCUCAUCAUCAUUUUCUCUGGCAUCUCAGUGUCUGUUGUGGCCAUCAUGACAAGCUUCUUCCUGGCUUCAACUGUUCAUUGCUUCCAGCGUUGGAGUAAAGGCACCAAGGGGGAUGAGGAAGAGAGUGAGGAAUGAGAAGGAUUUACUUUUCAGGGCCCAUCUGGUCCCGGUACUUCAAACAAUAAGAGGACACCGCAGACAGUGUGUGCUAGAUGUGACAAGUUUUAUGCUGCUUCCUCCUUGGUGAAUAUCCAGGACUGUUUUACGGUAGGAUCUUGCCCUGGUACGGUUGCAGUUGCUUUCUUUGCACAUGGACAUCUAAAAUACGGUAAUAAAGGACAUUCCCAAGGAAUGAGCCAAAGUCCCAAUAAAGAAUUAGUGAGUGUCCUGCUCCACUCGCAAAAUGAUAUUGUAGAGAGUAUUUUUGGCUGAGAGGGCAUCUUUUAUGGCCAUUGGCACUUGACUCAAUGUUAUAGGCUUACAUAAAUAAAGUAAGGCUAACCUUUAUAAUGAAAGAGAAAAAGAUUUUUAAAAAGGAAGUGUUGCUGCAGUGCUGUCACAUUAGUCUUACACAAGCCAAUAAAUUCUCAACACAUCCAACCCUGGAGUCUGAAAUAUUGUAAAGUAACAUCAAAGUUAGUGUGACCUUUUCAGAUGACUUUAAAUGAGGAAUUAACUGUGUAGGGCAGAAUACUUGAUCCCAUAAAAAAAGGAUGUCAUCGACCAGUGACCUCAGUACUGCCCAUAACAUGAUAUGCUGGCAUAUCCUGCCAUUUACAAUGUCUUUUUUGGACAGCCUCACUCACUAACAUUCAAAAGUGGUUCACAAGCACCAGUGAAGGCAAAUACUGUUGUUCCUUCUGCAUAUAAAAUUAGACAGUAGCAGACGUGUCAGUCAAAAAAGAAGGAUUUGUAUAAUGGCGAAAUGUUAGGUAGCUGAAGCAGGAUGAGUUUCCAGUGAGUCUACACAUUCUUUCAGCAGUAUAUUUAUUAUAUAAUCGCAAAUUUAUGUACAAAAUAAAAAAAUGUACAGUCAAACAAGCAUAUAAAUCAAGAGAAUAUACUAUACUGUAUUCUCCUUAGAUUGAUAACUGUGAACUGUGUAGAAAGAUAUCCAUAAAUUAUCUACAGUAUAAUCUUGGAAAAUUAGGGCAAAUAUGGUAUUAAAAUAGAGUCUACAUAGAACUAUGUGUCAAAUAAUGCACUUUAAAUGGUGGACCUAAUUUUGGCAAACCCCUAAUUACAACAUGUAGACUGGUUUUGUCUUCAUCUGCCAAAGAUUAGGUUUAGGUGAGGAAUAGAUUGCAUACACAGACUUUAUUGUGGAUGAUGUAUUAUUUAGUAAGGAAGGGAUAGCUCCUUAACAGAAGACAGCACUAUAGCCAAAUCACACUCUGUAUACACAUAUUGUACUUGGUCAUAAAGUUAUGGUCUCCAAAGACUUACAUUUUCUUCUUGUCAGCAUUCUUACUUCGCUUCAUACAUACAGCAGUCUUUAACCUAUAUUAUAACAGGUGGGCCACUUCAUAACAAUCUACUGUAUGAGGGUGGUGGGCAAGUUUCUUGAGGAAUAAAUAGACAUCUGGAUCUCAGAAAUGGAUAACUCACUAAACAAAUAAAUACAUCAUGAAGUCACAGUCAUCUUGUUGUCCUCUUACUAAAGCUCCUCUGAUGUCUUUUAGUAAAGCUACUGAUUUAAUAUCCAGGAAAAGUCACAACUCUUACUGUAUCAACAGCAUUUGCAUUCACA